GUCAGCUGUAUUUUGGUGAAACACCAGGAAGUGCGGAAACGACACCGAAGGAAGACCGAAACACAAAAAUACCGUCGUGUUUACGACAAGUCCUUCGUUAUUUGACUUUUUUUUUGGCAAGACUCUUCAUUGGGAAACAAGUUUGUGACCGUCUAAGCUACCUAACAGAACUUAGCAUGGAUAAACAUCUUUUCAAUUUAAAGUUCGCCGCCAAAGAACUCCAGAGAAACUCCAAGAAAUGCGACAAAGAGGAGAAAGCGGAGAAGACCAAAGUCAAGAAAGCCAUCCAGAAGGGAAACGUGGAAGUGGCAAGGAUCCAUGCUGAGAACGCCAUCAGACAGAAGAACCAGUCGUUGACCUACUUGAGGAUGAGUGCUCGGGUGGAAGCGGUGGCCGCAAGGGUCCAAACUGCUGUUACCAUGAACCAGGUGACAAAAUCUAUGGCUGGUGUGGUGAAAGGCAUGGAUGUUACUCUCAAGUCCAUGAAUUUGGAAAAGAUUUCAGCUCUCAUGGACAAGUUUGAGCGCCAGUUUGAGACGCUGGAUGUUCAGACGGCGCAAAUGGAAGACACGAUGAGCAGCUCCACGACACUGACCACUCCACAAAACCAAGUGGAGUCUUUGUUGCACGAGAUGGCGGACGAAGCAGGGUUGGACUUGAACUUGGAGCUCCCUCAGGGGCAAACGGGAUCUGUGGGCACCAGUGUGGCCUCAGCAGAACAGGACGAGCUGUCUCAAAGGCUGGCAAAACUCCGAGAUCAAAUGUGAAAGAAAAUGAUAUUGGAGCGAUCAUUUGUCUUUUUAAUGCCUGAAAUAUUACUUUCACAAUAUAUAUUUUUCUUCUAUUCGUUGGUGAUUUUCUCUGUGGAGCGUAUCUCUAGUUACUGGUGUGUUUAUGACAACACAUAACUUCAAGAAAUUGCUAACAGUCAUGGAAAAUAGUCAAAUGUAAUAUUAAAAAAGUAAAAUCCAAAAUCUACUAAAGAACUUGCAGCAAAGAAGAUGGUGUCCUAUUUUUUGACCAUAUGGCUAGCUUAUAUGAUUUGAGUGAAAAUAUUUCUUUUGUUAUUCAUACCGUAUGACCUGUUAUUCUUGUACUGGUAUGUGAAAGGCGUUCCGUGACGCUUACCGGAGACAAAAACCCGUGUGCUCUUUGUGGUAAUCUACUGAUCUUUUGGUCCGGGGUUGCAGUUUACAGAUUACACACAAUAAACUUUUAUAACACUA